CGUACGCAAUGGUCGUGUAGGUGGUGCAUCGUGCAAAAUGAUUUAAUAUUUACGAUAAUGUCAACUGGAGUGUUAGUUUGCAGUGAGUGUACUGUGUUGUGUUGAAAAAUAUAAGUGAAUAUAUUAUAUUUAUUGAUUAAUACAGUGUAGUGAAAGUUCAGAGUGAGUUUGGAUUUUAAUAAAGAAAAUGAUUUUCUUUGCAUUGUUCUGAUGCUACUAUUACAAAUUGGAAAGGGCUGUUUACUGAGAUUAUCUGAUUCAUGUUACGUUUUCGAUACGAGGAACCCUUGAUGCGGCUAUUUGAUUCGUAAUGAGGUGCUGACCACGUUGGGUAUUCAGCCAUGACGUACACGAGCCUCUUGACAAGUUUUGCUCUCAUCGCCUUUACGCUAAAAGUCAUCAAUUGUCAGGAGGGCUACAAAGAGGACCAGAUAUGCGGGGGCCGCCUCAAGGGGCCUGUGGGAACAAUACAGACGCCAAACUUCCCCAACCCUUUCCCCGUACCAAUAAAAUGCAGAUGGAUUAUCGAACACGAUAUCGUAAACGGGACUAUAUCGAUAUACUUUACCCAGCAGUACACGACCAGUGGGCUAACGUUUACAGAGUAUAUUUAUUAUGAUGAUACUUACAAGUUGGGGGAACGACGCGCGCUCACUGUCACCGAAGAAAAUAUUACCAGGAUAAAGUAUCUACAGGUGCAAAGUCCAGUCCUGGUGGUGGAGCUAUCGCUGGAGCACGCGGAGGGCGCCCACCUGCGAGCGCUAGGACUCCUCUCCGUGUUCGGCUUCAACGUGACGUAUUCCGUGAAGCCCCAGUCUGAUACCGCGCCUCUUGCCUCGUGCAGUGCCAUCGAGUGUCGACUCUUGGGGCACUGCUACGCUACGCAGGAUUAUACGGAAUUCUUCUGUUCGUGUUUCGAGGGUUACUCUGGAGCUGACUGCGGAGUGGGUCCACUUUGUCCUGUAUCAUCCAACAUGUGCAAGAAUGGCGGAACUUGCAGACAAAUGGGUCCGGCUGCUGUAAGCUGUAUCUGUGCUCCAGGCUACACAGGCGAUCUCUGUGAAUCGGAAAUAACCGCUCCAGAAUGCGGGAUUGAAGAGUGUUCAGAGGGCUGUAAAAAUGGGAAAUCUUGUGACUGCAGCCCGAGAGACGAGGACAAUUACUCAGUGCGCUUUGAGACGAGACUACAGCUAAUUGAUGCAAAAAACUCGAACAUUACAAGCGAAAUUAUUAAACAGGUUACCAACUACUUGAUCAAAUCAAACAUAACUUUGCAUGAUGAUAUAGAGGUCCUCAAUAUAAGUUCGGCAGACAGAAGCGGUGCACGGACUGUCUGGCUCCGAGUGUGGGGCACCCGCAGGCAGGCAGGAGCCGUGCGAGCAGCCCUCGCCAGACUAGCGGCCACCAGCGGGAGCAGUGACGUCAUGACGUUGAAACUCCUGCCGGCAACACUACACUUCGAUAUGCAACCAGCACUUAGCUUACACAAACUUAUAAUAAACCAGCAUCCGGAAGUGUGGGAAGGCGCCGAGUUCAUCCUGAGCUGCAUGGCGUAUGGCUCGCCAGAUAUCGCCUUCACAUGGUACAAGGACGGGGUAAAGAUCAACUUCAACGGAACUAACAGAGAUAUUUGGACACGAACUGUAGCGGAGGAUGCUCUGGGUCGCCGGAUGUCCGUCUUGGGAAUAUCUGAGGCCAAGAAGUUGGACAGCGGGAAGUGGGCCUGCGCUGCCAACGAUGCUGGUAGGAGAAGAUGCAGCGCCUUGAGGUUGAUUGUCGUCAGACCUCCCAAUAUUAGGCUGAUUCCUUCCACACUGACUGUUAAUAAGGGAGACAAUGUGAGUAUAACAUGUCUAGCAGGCGCAGGGAGGAUGCACGGAGCGCUAGGGUUUAGCUGGGCCAGAGAGAGGAGUCUACUUCCGCUCGCCCCGGGCAGAGAAGUGUGGGAAGACCUUUACCCCGCCGGAAGUGUGCUUAAACUGUACAAUGUUCAGAAAUCAGGCGAAUACCGCUGCCAAGUGUCAUCUGUGGCGGGCACUGACUCGAAGGCGGUGACUGUUUGGGCGCUGGGAGCUCACGACGACGUAUGUCAAAGUGAAGCAUCUCACGGCCUGCGGUGGCCGCAGACGGCGCCGGGUGCGCAUGCUAUAGCGACCUGCCCGCUCGGCUACACAGGAGAAACGACCAGAUUUUGCGAGCCAAAAACAACCCAGUAUGGUGUUAAGUGGGGUCUGCCGAACUUCUCCGGGUGCAUCGAUGAUUCCUUACGAGAUAUAUACGAACAGUUCACCCAAAUAUCUUACGGGUAUUCAUUAGUGACGGUUCACGAUAUCGUCCACCAAUACGGCGCCUUGCUCCGUUCCCUUCCGACCCACCCCGGAGCCGCCACUGUUCCUCUGCAGCACGCCGUCUCCAUCCUACAUUAUCUGCGGUCUUCUGUAUCCCGGCCCGCUGACAGAACACUCAGUACUGAACCGAUGCUCAAGAUAUACGAUGAAAUGCUCAAGCAUCCAGACGCGUUUCUCGAUGAAGAGAAAAUAUACGAGCUGCAAACUGCAGUAGCUGACACAGCUUUGAUGAAAGCUGAUCUCUCUCUUGACUACAAAGAGUUCUCAGUUCAGACGAAGCAGCUUCAAGACUCGGCGCAUUUUAAUUUUCCGUCGAGCCAUCAGACCGAGUGGCUUCUAACCUCGGUGGACGUUGACUUGACCGACGGCAUGGGGAAUGUAACUGUGGUGGCUGUUAACUACAACGACCUGUCGUCAAGGCUACCCUCGCUGAGAAGAUCUAUUGAGCUCAACUCGUCGUCUUACAGAAGCGGCCGCGAGCUGGAGUUCCACAUGGCGUCUGCGCAGACGCAGGUGUGGGCUGACAGCGGGAUCCCCUCCCUCGAGUACAGCGUCACCUUGCUGUUUGUGCAUGCUAAGAACUACAGUGCUAUUGAAUCUAAAUUAGCAUGUGCUUCCCGCACUCCGAGCGAGCCCGGUCUGUGGCUGCGGAGUGCUUGUGAGGCCAGAGUGCCGCAGCCCUCCCAAGUGUCAUGUCGGUGCCGCGGCCUCGGAACUUUCGCGCUCUUCACCGUCGCCAGAUCUACACUCAAGCAGAAAAGGGCUUGGGUGAAGUUAUAAAGGUGACUGUUGGCCUGGGGGGUGCUCUAUGCCUCGUAGCAGCGACGCUACAACUCCUGACCAUCAUGACGGUGAAACCCAAGCUACCAG